AUGUUCUGGUCGGAUGGUGAUAGCGACGGGGAGUUUUCAAACCAAUACGCGCUGCGACAACACCGCCGUGACGCCUCGGGCCACCAUCCAUGUGAUUCCUGCGACUUUGUUGGAGCAACUCGCGCGGACUUGUUCAUACAUCACGGCCAAACAAGACACGCGGCGGUUUGCCGUGGCUGCAACAAUGGGAGAGGGCGUAUCUGGGAAUGGGAAUCACAGGAGUACCUCGAUCAUCUGGAGGACGAGAAUGUUUGCGGGCUCUGUGAGACGCAUUUUCAAACUCCGAGCAACCUUGAACAUCAUGAAAUGACACAUCUGGAGCGAACAAUUGAAUGUUAUGGCUGCUAUAGGAAGUUCCCCACAUAUCCCGCCAUGAUUAUUCAUCUCGAGGCCGCUACGUGCGCUUCCGGAAUCAACAUACGUGAUUUAAACCAGUCCGCUGCCAUGUGUUUCCAGUGGAAGGCGUACCUUGAACGGGAAUAUCGCCAGGAACUACUCGAGCGCGUUGAUCUAGAAGCGAAGUAUGGACGCGUAUACCCAUUUCGAUGUCCAGGCUGCGAGUUGAGCUUCACAAAGCUAUCGGGCCUUUUCCAGCACGUGUACAGUAAUGCAUGUCGCCAGGAUUUGCAUGAGGGUAAGAUGGCCAAGUUGAUCCAUUGGCUAGAAAAUCGCCAUGAUUCAUCAUGACUUUGGUCGAAGGGGCAUGUGGCAACAACGCGCAACAAGCUUUUGUAUUUCUAUCAACGCUUGAAUAUUCGUUACUUGAGGAUGUGAAAAUAUUCUUAACAUAUGGCAAUACUGCACUUCUUCCAUAUGCAGACCAAGCAACAAGCUGCUGAUGUUUUGGUAUCAUGAAAAUACAAAUUUUGG